GAGUGUGUUGGUGUAUUCUAUGCCCCAAUGACAGAUAACAAUAUUUUUCUAUGCCAUUUUUCCAUCAAACAAAAACAUGUUCUUGCACAUCUUCUAAAAAGUUUUUCAAUUGGAAUGCUACAAAAGUGUCACUAAUUUAAUUAAAAAAAUUUGUUUUUGAAAAUUCGACAUUUUAGUUUAAACUCAAAUGUUUUAGUAAACGCUACAUUCGGUGGCAAUCAAAUUUCGAUCAUCGUUGUGUGCCAAUUUUUUUUUUCUUCUCGCUUCUGUGUCACAAAAAACUAUUCAAGUGUAAACAAAAAAUGAAGACAACCAACAUGAAUUUGGUGAAAUCAAAGAUCAAUAGGAGUGCAAUCAUUGCUCUAAUUUUAAUGGGCAACUUCUACGGCUCAAGUGGUGUACAGACGUCAAGCCUGAUGGGCGAGUGUCAUGACAUGCAUGGUCAAACAAUCGAACAAGGUCGCCACUACGUACCUGGGCCUGACAUUUGCAGAUUAUGUAUUUGUGACAAUGGUCAUGCAAAAGGGUGCAAAGCUGUGCUGUGUACACCACCACAAGCGUGUAAAUCAUUCCAAAUCGGAAGUUCGUGCUGCGAAUUCAUUUGUUUGGAUGAUGCUUUAACUGGAAAUGUGGAUAAACAGCCCGAUUUCGGUAUAUGA